AUGUCUUGCGAAGAUGAACAUCAUAAUCAUGGAAGUGGAUCAGGGCAUGGCCAUCUGCAUAUUGCACCUAUUCCAACCAACGAAUCCCAAUCGCUUUUAAGCAAAAUUGAUAUACCCCAUGUAACUGCAUUAAAUUUGGCUAAUCCACCAGAAGAUCUACAAAAGAUCUUUAGAUCGAAGGAGGACAAAUAUAAACUUAAGCCUAUCAUCAAGACAGAUUGUGACCCCCAAAUUAUUAUCAAUAUCCCGUUUUUGAACGGUUCAGUCAAGCUCUUUUCUUUAAUAUUACGAACUAACGGUGAUAAGUUCUGCCCCAAAACAAUAAAACUCUGGAAAAACGAUAAGACAAUUGACUUCGACAAUGUCCAAUCCAAAAAGCCUACCUAUACAAUUACGCAUCCUCAGGUUGGUGUGAUGCUUAAUGAUGAUGAAGAUGUCCCAGAUGUGUUAGAGGACGAUGGUGAUUUUGUAGAACAUUAUUUACCUCGCCAUAUAUUCACUGGUGUCCAGCAAUUGACUUUGUUUAUCGAUGAUAUCUACGAUGACGACGAGGACGAGUCCCAUUUGCAUUAUCUUGAAUUACGAGGUGAGUUUACCGAAUUGACUAAGGAUCCAGUGAUUACGCUUUACGAACUGGCAGCUAACCCUACUGACCACAAGAACCUCACUGCUACAGAGGCCACUAACUAUUCCUUAGGCAAUUGA